AUGCGCGCGCGCGACGUCAACGUCUUCUAUGGCGAGAAGCAAGCGCUCUUCGAUGUCGACAUCGAUCUGGCCCAGAACAAGGUAACGGCGCUGAUCGGCCCGUCGGGCUGCGGCAAGUCCACCUUCCUGCGCUGUCUCAACCGCAUGAACGACAUCAUCGACAUCUGCCGGGUGACCGGAUCGAUCACGCUGGAUGACCGGGACAUUUACAGCCGCGAUAUCGACGUGGUGCAGUUGCGGGCGCGCGUCGGCAUGGUGUUCCAGAAGCCCAAUCCGUUCCCGAAGUCGAUCUACGAGAACGUGGCCUACGGCCCACGCAUCCACGGGCUCGCCAGCAAGGGCCGAGAGCUCGACGAUGUUGUCGAACAGAGCCUCCGACGUGCCGGCCUCUUCGACGAAGUCUCCGACCGGCUCCAACAACCGGGCACCAGCCUCUCCGGCGGGCAGCAGCAGCGGCUUUGCAUUGCGCGUGCCAUCGCCAUCAGCCCCGAGGUCAUCCUGAUGGACGAGCCCUGCUCGGCCCUGGACCCCAUCGCCACAGCGAAGGUGGAGGAGUUGAUCGACGAGCUCAGGGAGCACUACACGAUCGCCAUCGUCACCCACAAUAUGCAGCAGGCCGCCCGGGUUUCCCAGUUCACCGCGUUCUUCCACCUGGGCGAGCUGGUGGAGUUCGAGGCGACCGAGCAGAUCUUCACCAAUCCGCACGAUCAGCGGACGCAGGACUACAUCACCGGGCGCUUCGGCUAA